AUGAACCUGCAACAAGCUAUACAGCAUUUCUUCUCAGUCAACACACAACAAGGAGAUUCUGACGAUGCUAUCUCUCGAAGUCAUCUCGUCGCUCACAAGCUCGGCGAAAUCCCCCGCUGCUCAUUAAACUGCCUCUAUCCUCUUAUCCUCUCCACCUGCUCCCAUACCGACUACACAUGCCUGUGCACCAACUUACCAACAAUAGCAGCGACUGCACAAUUUCAAUCAUGCUUCCACCAAUGUCCCAUCAACCCCGACCAGCGAUUAACGCCCAACUCCCUUCUCUCCCUCUGCAACCUCUUCGACAUCAAUCCAAUUCUCCCAGAUUACAUGACCCCAAACAUUAAUCUCAACCGGCGAGGCGAGUACAUCAACGAGGUGCGGACCAUCUAUUCCAUCGUGACAACAAUCUACGCAUCCACACAAUCAACAUCUAAACCAACUUCAACCGAAGACCCAUUAGCAACAGCCACCGCGGGAGUGGUCUCGAGCAUCGACUCGGACGAUACAUCCUCCUCUACCAUCGCUCCCACGACAUCCUCAGAUGACGACACCGCCACAACAACAUCCCAACAACCCAACGUCGUCACAGUAACAGAGACUCGUCUCGUCUCCACAAUGUAUAUGACCUCAGUAGCAACGCAAACAUCUUCCUCCGAUCAUAAAGAUGCAGCUGGUCUAUCCACCGGCGCAAAGGCCGGAAUAGGAGUCGCGGUGCCCAUCGCUGUUGCCAUCAUCGCGCUUCUAAUAUUUGCCUGGUUUCAGCGGCGCAGGAAGAGGAAGCAGCAGAUGGGAGGUAUUAAUAGUAGCGAAGAGAGCGGACAGGCUUCAGCGAUACAGCAUGCAGGGGGGAAGAAUCAAAGUAUGACUCAGAACACUACGAAUUUGCUCCCUGAGAUCGACGGUGCGCCACUCAACGAAUCCGAUAGUCGGCCCGUACAUAGCUCGGCUGAUCGGCCUGUGUUUGAGCUGAGUACUGGGUCGGUUCGCAAGCCGAGGCGGGGUGAUCCGGAGAUUGGAUCUGGGGUUGGUGGGAUAAGUGGAGUGGAUGCUAAGCAGGGUGCUAGUGGAGGUGAAGUAGCUUCAUCAGCCUCGGCUACAUUGGGCGAAGUACCGGCUGAACUAUCGUCUGAUGGCGUUAGGGACGGGGAAUCGAUAGCGUCAGUGGUGGCAUAUGAAAGGAUGAGUUCGUCUGAGUUGCAGGAGGAAUUGGCUAGGGUGGCGAGGAGUAGAGAGCGAUUGCAGUAUUUACAGACGUUGGAGGAGAGGGAGGAUAUGAUUCGGAGGGUGCUUGCGGGGCAUGGGGAGGAUGCGGUGUCAAGGGCUGAGAGUCGGGAAGACGGCGGUGGUGGGUGA